AUGGCACAUGAACUCUCAUCUCCAUCGUCUAGAGCUACUCCUAGUAGUAGUUCAUACUCAGCAGCUCAGGCAACACAGGUCGGAGGCAGUAGUGGCAGCAGCUGGGGAGGCUCUUCGACAUUGGCUACCUCAGGCAUCGCAUCCUCCUCGUCAUUGACGUCUCAUUCUCUACAAAAUAAUGACAAUUCCUAUCUUAUGCCCACUAGUCCUCCCAAAGGUCGCCGCGGGAGUGGUGAUGGCUAUCGUCCCGCAGUGAAGAGGUCCACUGGAAACCCCCCUGCAUGUCUCGUCAACGCCUCUGUCACAUACUGUGGAAAUAACCAAAUAUAUGCUUUUGGAGGCUUCGACCAGUAUACCGAUGAAGUUUACAACCAUGUUCUCCGAUUAGAUCUUACAACUCUUAGGUGGAAUCUAGUUGAUAAUUAUGGAGACAUUCCCGGCGUCAGGAUGGGACAUACCGCUUCUCUUUACCAAGGAAAUAAAUUGAUUGUGUUUGGCGGGGAGAAUGAACAUCGCGAAUACCUCUCCGACGUCGUUAUCCUGGAUAUUUCUACGUCCACCUGGACAUCACCUGAAAUACGUGGACCGAUACCCCGUGGAAGAGCACGGCACGCCUCUGUGAUUUACGAAGACAAACUUUUUGUGGUUGGAGGAAUAACUGGGGGAAUAACCGGCGAGACAAAUGUUAUCCUGGAUGAUAUUUGCUAUCUUGACUUGAAGACGUGGACGUGGUCUCGUUGGUGGAGAUUUGUGGCUCGUUUCGAUCACACGGCCUGGAUCUGGGGAGGUCGCCUUUGGGUUUUUGGGGGUCUCGGUUCAGAUAUGGAGCGCGGUACGGAUCUUUGGUGGUUGGACUUGAAAGGCAUCCCGUCUUUCAGGAUCUCAUCGUCACAAGGUACCGUCGAACCCCCAGGAACUCUUGCUAGGGUGACUCACAGCCCCGCAGCCCAGUAUAGUCCUACCCCUGCCCUCCAAGGGCGUCCUGGUGGAUAUGCCGCCAAUUCAGCCAGUGUGCAAGUUAGAACGCUGAGCCGCCGAAAACUACUCACAGCUCCUGGUGCUAUUUCUUCACUCAAAUUCCACUCCGGCCCUCACGUACCUACGCUCCUAUCCGGCACGCACUUCCAUGUGUACUCAUCCGGUGUUCUUCUCGAUAUUGCAACCCCUUCAGAGACCGUUCAACCGUGGGAUGUCAAUCUCGCUUCUCUGGAGCUUGAUUCGUUAAGGUGGCAGCGUCUAGCGGAUGGGCAAGAAAUAUUCAAACCUGGAUACCGGUGGCAUUAUUGCACCCUCAAUGAGGAUGGUACUAGAGCGUGGCUUCUUGGAUGUAGCCUUGAGGUUCCAAACGCCACUGGUGCUGGAGACGAAAAUCGCCUAAAUCAGGUGCUCCUAAUCAAUCUUGAGCGAUACGGUCUCCUUGGUAACGACCUCACAUUUGAAUAUUCCGAACAAGCCAGAAUACUUGCAUCAGAACGACAGGAAGCGCCACGGCCACGCUGCACCGGCCUGGGAGCCGAUUUAGUUGCGGUAUUCGACCAACCUCCCGAAUCUGGGAGCGGAACGGAUUUUAUCAUUACCGCAGACCAUGACGAUGAUACACAUCAUCCAGAGUCUAGUGAUUCGAUCAUGUCGCCAUCUUCUUCCCAUGCCCAAUCCACAUUUCUUACAAGCACCGACUCAACGUCCCAGCCCAUUCACGUUCACAGGAUAAUUCUACAAGCCAGAUGGCCACACUUUAAGCGCCUUUACUCUGCUCAAAUGGCAGAAUACCACACGAAGAAGAUGCACAUCCCCGAACCAUAUUCUGUCGUCCGUGCUUUUCUUUACUAUCUGUACACGGACAGCAUCGCUGGACAUCCAGAGUACUGCUCAGAUAUUACUGAAGUGGCAGGCAUGCUAGUAAUGGCUAACCUUUAUGACAUGCCCAAACUCCGUCUGCUCUGUGUCAAUCGGCUCAGCCGGGAACUGGACGUCGACAACGCAGCGAUCAUUUGGGAUCGCGCAGGACGGACGAAUGAGGAAUGGCUGAAGCGCCGCGCAGCAUCCUUCUGCCUCGCCAACUGGGGCCGCGUUGUUAGAACGGAGGGGUUCCGUAACCUAAGCAGGCAGAGCCUGAUGGAGCUAUGCGAAGUGGUGGAUAUGGAGGGGCGGGUGGUUCCGGGCCAUGAACUUGAGCUUGUUAGUGAGUUGGACGGGUUCGGGUCGGGUGCGGACAAUAAGCAGAAUCACGUUGCAGCUGGCUCUGCGCCAGGGCCGGGGAUGGAAGACCUUGAUGAGGGUGAUGGAGAUGAGGAUGAUGGCAUGGAGCUAUCAUGA